ACGCCGGCAACGUUAAUAUUCUUUCAUUGCUGCGCUGGCUUGCCGUUGGUGUUUCGCCAUCUCCGCGCCCGCGCACACAAACACACACACACAUCGACGCGUUGUGAACUUGAAAAAGGAAAUGCGUUGAUUUUUUUUCUCCUCUCUCUCCUUCUCCGGCGUGCGGCUCUCUUUGGUGUAUAACGCUUUCGCCUGCUCUCCCUCGAUCGCGUUUCUCCUGGUUUGCAUUUGCAUCUUUUGUCAGUUUUGUCCCAAUCUCAAUCACGCCACCAAGUACAAAACAACGCCGGAAAAUCGCGAGACGGCCGGGAGAAAAAACACCAAAUAUGGCCAAUAUGAUAUACACCCUUCUUGAUGAUUUAUUGCUCAAUGCUGUUUCUGCUGCUGCGUCGCACUGCCACUGUCAGGCUGCAUACCGCGCAUUGGCUGGCUGCUGCCGGAUGCAUUAUUCUUUGUCCAUGGUGUUAUGAAAGUGUGGGAAUACGUUUGUGACGUGGACCGGUGCUGGACACAUGUACAAUGCAGCGGCGACGACAACUGGCCUGGCAGUUCACCUGCCCAGCGUAUCUCUUUACCGUUGGACUUUUUGCCGUUGCGCGUGCCACGGAACACUGGGGCUAUCACGGAAAAGUGGAGGGAGAGUUUCCUCCGUCUUCAUGGGCCAACGAAUAUCCGGCAUGUGGACGUCAUCAUCAGAGUCCAAUUAAUUUUGAUUCCCUAAAAGUUAUCGAUGAUCCCUCGCUGCAAAGGAUCAUCUUCGUCGAUUACGAUGAAUUCCCACCCGGGCGGACGUGGAAUUUUCAAAAUAACGGCCAUACCGUGGCAAUCAGUGCAAAUUACACCUGCCCACCGCAAUUACAAGGCGGAAGCUUAAGGGCAAAAUAUCAGUUCACGCAAUUGCAUUUCCACUGGGGAGAAAAAAUGAAAGGCUCAGAGCAUCACAUAGACGGACGACUGUAUCCUUUAGAGAUGCAUAUCGUGCACUCACGCCGCAACGAAGCAGCGGAUGCUCUAAUGCAGGAUGAGAUUGGGAUGGCGGUUAUUGGUGUGUUCUUCGAGUAUGCAAACACUCCUAACGAGCAUCUCAAGCCAAUCACCGACGCCUUAAGCCAAAUUGCUGCAACGAACGAAACGAAAUAUAUCAGGCUUCCCGGGUUCACACUGAAAUCCCUCUUGCCGCAUAAUGCCGAUUACUUCCGCUACAACGGUUCAUUAACCACGCCUCCCUGUAACCAAAUUGUCCAAUGGUCAGUCAUGCGUGCACCGGUUACAGUUUCCAAAAGUCAGUUGGAUGCAUUCCGAAGUCUGCAGCGUUUUCCGGACGACCACCAUCCAAACGAUAUCCCUAAGUAUAUUGACAAGAACAACCGACCCGUCCAGGAAGUAGGCGACAGGAAGGUGCUACGUUACCGAUCCAGCGGCUACACACCAUUUGAUUCCGGAACAACAAACCAACUAUCACCCGUAACUGUGUUCCUCUUGAUGACUGUGACCUUUGUGGCCACCUUCUUUUGAACACAGCCCAAAAGCCAUGGAGCGACGAGAUUCUUCCGAAAUGUCGAUGUUUAUCUUGUGAUUCUGACCAAAACAAUCAAUUAUUCUACAUGGAAAUGAGAGAUGUUUAUUCGUGCAGAUCAUGAUGAAGAUUCUUUCCGUGGGUGUAUCUCGACCGACGAGGAUAUCCAGAAAUUAGUUAAUUAUUUAAAGUUGCCCUCUUGAUUUUCUCGUGUGGAAAAUGCUCAUAGUGAAUAAUAUUUUCUAAGGAUUGCCUUAAUGAGAUUAUGAGACUGACUGGCUGACAAAAGUUAACAACCUACAGCAUGUGAGAAUUGUGUCCCUUGCUCUGAACCGAACGUCUAAAAAGUGAGCCAAUCUGAUGCGGCAUAUGACUGUAACGUUAACGGUAGAUGUGCGUAUGUGAUUGUGUUAAAUGUAAUUAAUGAAGAUGAAGAAUGAUGUCUACAACGAAGAUGGGCUUCCUGCAUAACGAUGGCAAUAAAUUAAACUGCGGUAU